CUUUGCCGAGCUGAAACCGUAUGUCCGUUCAAGCACACUCACCUGCACCUCCACCCAGUUUCUUGUCUGUCCCGCCUCGAAAUGCAGGCACCCCAGUUUCUGCGUCGCAGACUCGGAAUCCAAUAACAAUUCGCCUGCGCAAAAUCUUGGGUACGAAUUUCACAGAUGAAGCAACGACAGAAGCGCUUCGGACCCUGUCAGAACUGUAUGGCACUCAGUCUACAGCACCGGUAUCAGAUUCCAAAGUACAGACUGACGGCCCAGACUCGGACGAUGAUUGGAGUGAUGAUGAUGAUGCAGACGUCGGGCUAGCCGUCGAGGACCACAGGGAAGGUCUGAACGAGACCGCGUCAAGGGCACGCAAGAAUCUUCGUCGAGAUCUGGAGAACAAACUUGCACAAGGAAGCCAACAAUUUCUUCAAGCAUUCAGCGAAGUGGAUCAAAAGCUUGAUGAGCUGCAGAAUCACGUCGCUGCCAUGCGCAUUGCCUGUGACGAAGCGGAGACUCAGCUGAGGCUAUCUAGUGAGGCCAGCCGGUCUUUGCUUGAUCGUGCGGAGAGCUUGAGGAGUGAGAGGGAGGAGGUUGAGAUGCGCAAAUCUAUUGUCAUGCUCUUCCUAAACCGCUUCACGCUCAGUGAUGAAGAGGCUGAAGCUAUAACCUCGCGGGACAUCCCCAUUGGCCCCCGCUUCUUCGAGGCAAUGAACAAGACAGAGCAUAUCCGUAAUGACUGCAGAGUACUCAUGUCAGGCGAAGAAGGACCGACAAAGGCUGGACUGGACAUCAUGGUGUCCACUUCUUCCUACCUUGAACAAGGAUACGAGAAGAUAUAUCGCUGGUGUUCUUUUGAAUUCCGUCAGCUGGGACGCGACAUUCAGCUGGAGGUUGACUCGACCAUGCAACAAGCUAUUUGCCGCCUCUCUCAGCGUCCAGAGUUGCUCUCCGAAGCUCUUGCUUUCCUGACGCAGGCCCGCCAAACAGGUCUGCUGAGUGCAUUCUUGGACGCAUUGACUCGCGGUGGCCCGUCAGGUCUUCCGCGUCCUAUUGAAUUGCACGCACACGAUCCCAUCAGAUACGUUGGUGAUAUGCUUGCGUGGGUUCACCAGGCUAUCGCUGCAGAAUGUGAAUUUCUGGAAAGCCUGUUUGGGCUUGGUGGGGGGCAAGAAGAUGAAGGCAGAGCAAGGAGAAUGGUUGGCGCUGUUCGGACGUAUGGAGGGAGUGAAGAAGAGGGGUGGGUCAAGGAACUGCUUAACUCUGCAGUAACGAAGUUGUGCGUGCCGCUCAAGGUGCGCGUGCAGCAGACUGUGCGUUCGCAAGAAAGUAGCAUUGUCUCGUACAAAGUUGCGAAUCUACUCCAAUACUACAUGCUUACGAUGCGGCGUACUAUCGGGGAGGAUGCUCUUCUAUCGACGACUCUGAGCGAAAUCACAGAGGUGAGCUACAAGGUCUUCUUCGAUGCUAUCGAGGCCCAUGGCCGUGCGCUCCUAAGAAUUCCCUUGGACCCAGACGACCCAUCUUUGACCCCACCGCUCCCGAUUCUAGAGCAUGCACAGCUGCUCCGCGAAAUCAUGCAGGUUUAUGACUCAUCCCUUCUUGAUGACACCACUCCAGAGCCUGGACAAACCUUCAACCGCAUUCUAGAUGUGAUGCUCGAUCCUGCCAUGGACAUGUGUACCGCUGCUGCCGAGGAGAAGGCGAGGUAUCGCCCGCAGUGGGAUCGGGCGGUGUUCGUGCUUAAUUGUUGGUGUUAUCUCCAAAAUGUGCUGGAGGCUUUCGAGUUUACUUCGGAGAAAUGUCGUACCAUUCAAGAAAAAAUCGACGAAAGGGUGAGGCUUUUGGAGGACGAGCAUUACGAGAACAUCCUCAGAGAUGCCUCUUUAUAUGACAUUGUCGCCACCAUCAAGUCCAAGUCACUUUCGGAUCCGCUUUCCCAUGUGCUCCCUGCGCUGCAGCUGCAGCCCGCCCUUGCGAGAUUCUCUCUAUGGCUCUCCAGCCCCGAGGUUGUGCAUUCACCGCGCCUAUCAGCGUUGACAUCACCGUUUCUGCAUUCCACCAUCCACCGCGUAUCUCUGGCUCGCGUGACAAAGGCAUACGCGAAACUAUGUGAGGAAGUGAGGAAACCGGAGAACAGAUAUGAAGCGGCAAGUACCCUGUUGGGCAUGGAGAGGCCGUUUGGGCAGGCUGGAGUGCUAUGGGCUAUCUUUGGAUUAGAAGAGGAAAGUGAGGAAUCUGAAGCAGAGUGAGCUGACUGGAGCAUACUGACUUCAAGGUUGAUCCGCAGCCUUUGAUAGCGGUGUGUCUAUAUGGAGUUAGAUACAUAGGAUCGUGAUAAACAUCCAGAUGCUUGCGUCCUGCAUGCACAUUGCAGAUCUACGAUAUACCCUUGUACCUUUUCAG